AUGGAGGCUCCCAGCCUGAGCCUCUGGCACUCACCAGCUCGAGGUUGCCUUGGCCGCCGCUGGACUGCGCAAGCCGUGGUGCCAGAGGUCUGGAGCAGUGGCGGAAGCAGCAGCAGCAGCUCAAGGAUCGCCGGGACUGCAAAGACUCGAACGCCCUGGCUGCGGCUUGGAGUAGGCGCCGGCCUAGCGCUCGCGGCGAAGACCCGUGGCCCUCAGCCGAGAGAUCCGGACUUGGUGGGUCUGUCCAUGCUGAACAAGGAUCUGCCAGCGGAUGAAGAUGUGAGAGACGUGCCGCAGCAAAGAAGGGAGGAUGACGAGUCUUGGGUCUUCUGGGAGGAGCAGCUCCAUCCGACCCCGGGGCCGAAAAAUCAGCCUCGGGACAAGGUCCCGGAGCCUUUGCCAUCGCCGCUUCCUUCCCUGGAGCCUCCGGCACCGGGCGAGGGGGAUGAUGUUGAGGAUCAGGCUGCCAACUUCGAAAAGGCUUAUCGGCCUGCAGAGCCAGCGAUCAUGGGCUCCGACGGCAGCCCACUCGAGGUUCCCUUCUACUCCACCUUUGAAGAUGCCGUGAGAGAGCUUGGAUAUCCACCUUUUCUUCAGGCCGCAAUGGCUCGGCGUGGAUUCUACUACUUGACGCCGGUGCAGCAGUGCUCCCUGCCUUUGAUGAAAGGUGGGCACGACUUUCUUGCCUCUGCAUUCACUGGCUCGGGCAAGACAGCGGCGUAUUUGCUCCCCAUCCUCAAGAGUUUGCACGAGGUAUCCAGACUGAUCCCAGGCACGAGUGUGGCUAGCCACUACAAGACCAAGGACAACAGUCGCAGUGCCAAGCCUGGCCUGGGUGUGGUGAAGGGAAGCAAAGCCGGGUGUCGCUUGCACCUCAAGCUUGCACCAUUCUUCCUAAAAAUGUUCGGCUUCUCGGCUUUGUGCGCCUUCGCACUGUCUCUUGGCGGCCACGCAGCAGAUGCGCCGAUUGUAGGAGUCCUGACAGUUCCCGUAGCACAUGGCUGCGAAACGGCUCGGGCAUACAGAUGGACAGACGAUGCAACCAGUGGUGGCAGCUGCUUCGCAUCUCUCUAUGUCAAGUACGUAGAGGCUGCUGGAGGACGAGUGGUUCCAAUCCUCUACGACUGGGAUGACCAGCAGCUGGCCAAGGCUUUUGCUUCAGUCAAUGCUGUUCUCUUCACGGGCGGUGGUGUGCAGAUCGCGCACCCCAGCAGCUCACCCAUGGCUGCCCAGUAUGUCCGGGCAGCAUCCCUGCUGUUCAACCUGACUGUGCAAGCUGGUUCUGCUGGGGACUGGGUCCCGCUCUGGGGCACCUGCAUGGGGCUGCAGACUCUGUCAGUGGUCGCAGCAGGCACUAGCUCCGUCUUGAAGACCAAUUCUUUCGACUCGGAGAACAUGUCGCUGCCACUGGAGCUGGUGCAGCAAGCAAAGACGUCAAAGUUGCUAGGGCCACAUGUGCCGCCGAACAUUUUGCGCUGGCUGACCACGGAAAACAUUACCACGAACUUGCAUCAUGAUGGUGUGACACCCGACAGCUUCGUGACCAACCAGCGCCUGUCCAGUCUGUUCUCUGUGCUCUCCACCAACCGAGACAGAAAGGGGCGGGUGUUCGUCUCCACGAUCGAGGGCAAGAGCCUCCCAAUCUACGGCGUGCAGUGGCACCCGGAACGGCCAAUCUUCGAGUGGGGUGCCGACGAGUCUGGCAUCAAUCAUGGUCCUCACGCUAUCGAGGCGAUGCAGUAUUUUGCAAACUUCUUAGUCUCGGAGGCACGCAAGAACUGGCACCACUUCGAGUCAAGAGAGGAGGAAGAGUCGGCAUUGAUCUACAACUUCGUGCCGCAGGGACGCUCCAGUUAUCAGGUGUACCUUUUCGAGUCGGUCAGCGCUCCAAAGCCUGCCGAGGAUGCCGAGGUCCACAAGGACAUGACGGAGGAGAUGCAGAUGUACGUGAGGCACCUCGAGAAGCUCCAGCUCGCACAGAGCAUCCGAAGAAUCAAGAAUGGUCGAGCAGCACUGGAGUUCGAAGCUGCAGCGGGCAAGACACAUCGACAGCUGGUGCCGGUCGAAUGGGUGGUCGGCGCGCCAGAACCUCCACCGAAGAGGAGGUGGCAGGGUCCGGCAGUUCCGAAAGCCGUCGUGUUGGUGCCUACGCGGGAGCUCAGCGAGCAGGUGCAUAACGAAGCCAAAGAGUUUCUGCACUACUCCCCUCUGCGAAGUGCAGCCAUCUACGGCGAUAGCAACCUGCGCUCGCAGUUCCGUGACUUGGCGCACGGCGCAGACAUAUUGGUAGCAACGCCGGGGCGUCUGAUUGAUGCUCUGCACAAGGGCAUGAUUCGCCUUGACGAGGUCCGGUUUCUAGUUUUCGACGAGGUGGACAGGAUGAUGGAAUUAGGAUUUGGGAGUCAGCUUGAGGAGAUCGUCACUCAGGGUGCCAUGCCUGGCAAACUUGGUGGUCGACAGACGACUUUCUGGUCCGCAACCAUCCCCCUCUCGGUGCGAGAGCUGGCAGAAGCCUUUCUGGGAACACAGUGUGCUUGGGUCGACUGCACCGGUGGCCAAACUAAUCCAGUGCCGACGACGAUCUCUCAUGUCUUCGUCGACGCCCGUCCUCCGCAUCGUGCUCUUCGCGAGUUUCAACCAGGAGAUCCGGUGAUUACAAAGGGCGGCAGGCGCGGUAUCGCAGAGUUCCAGGUUGGCCGUAAAUGGCGAGUGCAGUUUGAUGACGGUGAUCUCGUCCAGCGCAAGAUGCUUUUGAAGGGACGACUUCACCACACAAGCUUGCGGACAGACUCCAGUGUGCGAUGCAAGCUGGAUACGUUGAGAGGGGUCCUCGAAGCUCGCGAGUUCGAGGAGGCCACGAUCAUCGUCUUUUGCAGGAGACGCGACACUGUGAUGGAGGUAUACCGCUACCUGAAGGAGCAGUUUGAGGGGGUGGUGACCUGCCAUGGCGGCAUGACGCAGUCUUUCCGCAGCAAGUCCAUCAAGGCACUGAAAGAAGGAAGCGCUGAUAUUCUGGUCGCCACGGACAUUGCGGCGCGUGGCUUGGACGUGGAGAGCGUGACCCAUGUCAUCAACUACGAGCUACCGCUGGUCUUGGAUGAGUUCGUGCAUCGCAUCGGAAGAACUGGGAGGAUAGGUCGCGAGGGCACUGCCGUAACCUUCGUCACCGGACGCGAGAAGAUCUUCGGGGCUAUGCGGCGCAUGGUCCUCUCUCAGGGCCACAAAGUUCCGGACUGGCUCAAUUUUCAGAUCAUGCCAGCACGUCGUUUCUGGCGCCCGCACCUGUGCCUAGCAAUGCCCGAGCUUCUUCGCCUGUUGGGCAAGCAUCUACUCUCCAAGUCAGAUGGCUCUCGGGUUCUGACAGCAGAUGCCCUUCGAGGAGCUUCUGCAGUGGGGUUCUAUUUUUCCGCAAGUUGGUGCCCACCCUGUAGAGGGUUCACGCCACUUCUCAUCGACAGCUACAAAGAGCAUCUGCAUUCAAAGGGGCUGCGCUGCAUCCUCGUCUCAUGGGACAGAGAUGAAGAGUCCUUUGCAAACUACUACGCCUCCAUGCCUUGGUUGGCCUUACCCUACGAGGAGAGCUCCAUCAACCAGGAGCUUGGAAGACACUUCGCCGUGCGCAGCAUCCCCACGCUCGCUCUGGUGGACGCAGAGGGCAAGACCAUCACCACGGGCGCGAGGGAGGCGCUGGUCGACGACCCCUCUGGGGAGCACUACCCUUGGCCCGAGCCAAGUGGCCAGGACAUGGCCGUCUCAGACCCCAAGCGCCUCAACGACUCGCCCUCCUUCAUCUGCUUAUGUGAAGAGGGGGAGGCAGCCCAGGCGGCUGAGGCGCUCCAACAGGCAGCCAAGGCAGCCGGUGGAGAAUAUGGUCUCUUUGUUGGCUGUGGGGGUGUCCUGACUAAACAACUGUAUCAAGUCUGCGGCUUGAAGCCCAGCCAGGUUCCUCGCCUCUUGCUGAUAGACCUUCCGGAUAAUGGCAGCUUCUACAUCGGGCCUGAAGGUCCGCAGGCACUGUCUGCAGACUCGGUCGCAGCGUUCAUGGCCGACUUCGCUGAGGGCCGUCUUGCUAAGCAUCAAGUCUACUCCAAGUGA